AUUAUCAGCCUGGCAAAUAUAUACACUUAAUAUGUUGUAUUACUCCUUACUGAAAAGAGCAAGCGGAAUAUUCAUUUUUGUAGCACACUAGCACUGAUCUAUUUCUAUAACUCUUGGUCAAUAUGCAUUUCGACCACUAGUCUUAAACCGGUGUGGUCUUAUCUGGUAUACGGUAUCAUGUACCUGGCUACUAAAUUUUUUUUUGUCAAUGUCAUUGUAGGAUCCGGAUGCACAACGUACCAUGUUGGAGGAGACUCAAAAACUAGGCCUGUUGGAGGAGACUCAAAAAAUAGCCCUGAAAGCCCUCGGAUUCCGACUAUCUAUGCCAUCACACCAACCUACACCAGGCCGGUCCAGAAGGCGGAGCUGGUGAGGUUGACCCAGACUUUUCUCCAUGUUAGCAACUUCCACUGGAUUGUGGUGGAGGAUUCCGAGAGGAAGACCCAGCUUGUGUCAAGAUUCUUGACAAACUCUGGCCUGCCCUACACUCACCUGAAUGUCAGAACACAAGACAAGUACAGACAGAAACAUCGGGGUGUUCCUCAGAGGAAUAUUGGUAUUGACUGGAUUCUAGAGAAUGUUACUCGAGAUGAGGAAGGGGUAGUCUACUUUGCAGAUGAUGACAACACAUACAGCUUGCGUCUUUUUGAAGAGAUGAGAACGACUCAAAAGGUGAGUGUAUGGCCUGUGGGACUAGCUGGUGGGCUUCGCUUUGAGGGCCCUAUCUUAAACGAUGCAGGAAAGGUGUCCUCAUGGCACACAAUGUGGGCACCCGAUCGAGCCUUUGCAACUGACAUGGCUGGCUUUGCAGUGAGUCUGAAACACUUCAGGCAGCAGCCACGUGUUAGGUUUGACCUCAACUCAAGGCCGGGUUAUGUGGAGGAUACCCUUCUUGUUCAGCUAGGGUUUAAGAAGGAAGACUUGGAGCCUCUGGCAGAGAAGUGUUCAAAGGUACUAGUCUGGCACACAAGGACUGAGAAACCUGAUUGGGUAUUUGAGAAGAAACUGAUCGCACUUGGUAAACCAUCAGAUCCAACAAUAGAAGUAUAAUAGAGGUGUAAUAUAAUAUUCAUGGGAUGCUAUCAUGACUUCGAAAAGGCAUUCGAUGCGGUCUCCCAUAGAUUUUUGUUUAAAACAUUAUAAAUAUUCAAUUUGGGGAUUUCUAUUAGUCGAUGGAUUCAAACUUGGUAUAAUGAAAACAAGUCUUCACUUUACAUCAAUCGUUAUUGGUCUAAACGUUUUUUUUGUUAUAUGUGUGCAGACAUUUUGGCCAUUUUACUUCGUCAAAAUAAAUAUAUUAAAGGUAUAGAUAUUGAAG